GAAUGGAAAAGAAUUUUGGAGGCUAAGAAAUGAAAAUAAUAAGGAGGAAAACCGCUUGAAACCCUUUCUCUGCGAAAAUCCGUAUAAAAGCAUCGUGAACUUCCAGGUCAGCACGCAAAGUUGCUACACCAGCCCUGCAAGUAGUCACAACUCAGAGCAACAGCUUAAGACAAUAUGGCACAGUUCCGUUUGACAGCUUCGGCCAUCAUUUUCGUCGUGAUGGCGUACGCUCUGACAGAGAUCAGCACGGCGGGUAAGAGGACGACUAAAGGUAUGACUCCAUCGACACAAGUAAAUACAACCAAUGGUACAAUCUCCACUGUUACUCCGACUGGUACCAAUGUGACUGCCACAGGUACCAAUGUGACUGUCUCAGAUAACUCUACUGGUACCAAUGUGAAUACCACAGGUACAGGUACCAAUGUGACUACCUCAGAUAACUCUACUGGUACCAAUGUGAAUACCACAGGUACCAAUGUGACUGUCUCAGAUAACUCUACUGGUACCAAUGUGAAUACCACAGGUACAGGUACCAAUGUGACUACCUCAGAUAACUCUACUGGUACCAAUGUGAAUACCACAGGUACAGGUACCAAUGUGACUACCUCAGAUAACUCUACUGGUACCAAUGUGAAUGCCUCAACUCCCUCUGCUGGUACCAAUGGUACCAAUGGGACUAGCCCCUCCAACUCAUCCACUCCAGACUCAACUUCUCCCACCGCAUCGUAUUCAACCAUGUCAUCCACCGCAACGAGCUCAAGCACGUCACCCACCACAACGGACUCGACCGCGUCACCCACCUCAUCGGAUUCAACCGGAACAACAACUUCAACCACAACAACUUCAACCACAACAACUUCAACCACAACAACAACUUCAACCACAACAACGACUUCAACCACAACAACAACUCCAACAGCAACAGCAACGACUCCUUCAUCCACCGCACCUUCAGCUUCAUAUGCUCAAUAUCUUCAACUUAGUACACAAUAAUAAGAUUAGUGAUAAUCAAUUACAGAAAAGGUACCUACGACCUUCGCUGGAUCCAAACUGUAGUUUAGAAGACAUUGGCAACUCUGGUAACGACAGUCACGGUAACAACAAAAACAAAAACAACAACAACAACAACAACAAC